GGCUAUAUAUGCAACAGAAUGUGCACAGUGGCCCACAGGUUCUUGAACUUGCCUGACGAUCUGUUUCCAUGCCAGGUGGGGACCGGGAUCGCCGGUCGGCAGGAGACGUCGUCACACCUCGCUCAUCCUCCGCAUCGUCAAGACGUUCAUUGCUAACACGCCACGGGCAUCGUUUUUUAUCAUCAAAAGCCACCACAGUCCUUUCUCGAUCGUUCCCGAGUCGAUCGUUUAUCGCGUUAACCUCAGCCGAGCGCUCGAAAUUCUGACCGGCUUCGAUUUAAAAGCGCCAACAAAGACGCGGACGCUAUUAACGUAUAUCGUCGAUAUCGGCACCGAUAAUCGAAACACAUCGAUGCUAUCGAUCAACAUGCGAAUUUUCAAAGCGGUGCUGUUACUCUUCGUGUUCUGCUCAAAUAGAGUCCAGUGUUUACCGAUCGCGAACGAGACAUCGAUCGUGGAACCAUCGACCACGACGCAGUUUCCCUACGAUUCUACGAUCGAUCAUUAUGAUCAACGUCAAAACGGGACCGAGAAUUAUCGCAUCCACGUGGACGGCGUGGUACUCGUCGUCGCUCCUGUCGAGACGCUUCUUCUAGCAGGUGCAGCUGCCGACAAUAAACCUAACUUACCGAUUGAUUCGUCGAAGCCAACUUCGAGUAAACCGGAAGUUGAUCCUAAACCGUCGCCUGUCCCCAAGUCAGCACACAGGGCUGGUCUGCGCUUCGCAAAUUUGCUAAUUCCACUGCUGCGACGUAUUCGCCACGAGUAAAGGAUUUGAAUUUUGACAAAGUAUACUGAAUGACUAUUAUCGAUUUUCCUGUUAAUCUCAUACCACCUAUUUCCUUCUCACCUACUCAACUAUCUAUUUCAUUAAAAUGAGUUGGUUUAGGGUAAUAUUCAAUGUUGCUUGCAAUGUUAUUGGACCUAUAAAUACCAAUUUUUGGCAAAGAAAAGUAAUACUCUUAGGUUACAAAUAACAUCACAGGAUAAAUUUUUAUUGAAACGAAAUUUAUUUGAUUAAAAAUUAAAAUACAUUAUUUAUGAUUUCCUUUUUGGUAUAUCAUCACAAUACUUUGUAUAAAAAAUGCUUAGGACUAUGAUCCUCAGAAUAUACAUCAUCUGGGUGGAAUCGUUUAUUUCGUUAAAAAGAAAAAGGAAGGGUGAAAACGAUGACUUUCACGCGAACUAUACAAAUACAGUUUAUGAUAAGUAAGAUUGAAAGAAAAAAAGGAAAAAAGGAAAAGAUCAUACAUAAAAGGAAAACGAUCAUCUUUGAACGCAUUAGAUUAAAAAAGUAAGUUUCACGAUGUUCACUUAUAUACAAUGCCUCGAAAACUUACACGACGGAUAAUUGUGAAUCAUGGAAGCGUGUACAAGAAUAUGUUUCUCAAAUAUAUCUCACCAUUAAAAUAGAAAGCA